UGGGACAUAGUGCCAAUGAACCACAUCCUGCAUCGCCUGGAGGAAGAUACACCUGUCAUGUGCAAACUCAUUACUCAGUUGUUGUUGAACACCUUCCAUCCCAUUCAAAGAGAAGACCAGGAACUCUUGCACCGAACCUUGGCCCUACUUGAAGAAAAUCGAGCUGCAGCACGUAGAUUUUACCAGUAUACAAGCCGCAAGCUGGAUCUCCCAAGCAAUGUACACUUCAUGCUCCUGAUACUGCGAUGUCUCCGAAAUUACUUGCUCAACCAACAAGCUCAGGAAGGGCAGCAAGAAUCAGAUCAUGAAAAUAGUAACACCAAUCCUGAAGAAAGAACAAAUCCCAGUGUAGGAAGUCAAAAGAACUUGAAGCUAGGGUUAGGAGUGGCACCUGAUAACAAAGAAAAUAGAGUUCCAAGCCAGAGGAAAGCAGUUUCUGCAGCUGCCAAGGAAAGUGACGAGAGGAAAGAUGUGAGUGAUGAUGAGCAGAAUGCUGAUGAUAGUGCAUCUCCACUGGACAACCCUGCAGUCAUAGGUGGCCUCUUUGAUACCAUUGUCAUCAUUUGGACAACCAAUGCGCACAGGUUAGCGCAGCCAGAAAAUGAGAAGUACAUUGAAGCCAUACGAACGAGGGUGUCCAAGAGUAUGCCCCUUUUCUUCAAAGCUUUCAAGGAAAAUGAUGAGGUAUCCCAGACUCUUCUGUAUCUGUCCAGCUUCCUUCCUAAAGCCUUAGUGCCUACCAUUGUCAGCCACUGCAUGUCACGACUAAGAGGACUGCAGCAAGACCAGGAUAAGGAAGAAUCUUACGUCACGUAUGUAAAUGCUCUUUGCAACUGGAAUCGUGUAGAUGACAUCUUGGAACUGGCAACAGAAUGGCUGAAUGAAGGUUUUAGUGCUGGUGUUACUACAAGUAGUAAGGAACGCAGGAAAAGCAGCAAAGGUGUGCGGUUCCAAGAGGCACUUUCACCACAACCUUUGUUGGCUCUGCGUCUUGUUAGUCAUAUCUUACAGCAUCCAUUAAAUAAACUUGCUGCCCUUGGGAGAAACAGACAUCUUUUAGUACAAAUGUCAGAGAACAUGGCUGAAGUGAAGGGUCUUUUAAGUGAUCGUUUGAACCAAACAGAAGAGCUCUCAGAACUUUGCUCUGACAGAUUCCUAUGUGAGUGUUGGGCUCAAUACUUGAGUCUGGUUGCUGUUCUUCAUAACCCACCUCAGAUAUCUGAAGAACCUCGUGAGAAGAAGAGGGGAGCAAGAUCUGAUAAAGAGAUUCCAGUGGAUGAUGUUUAUGAUGGCACUGCCACUGUGGUUACCUGCAUAGAUUGGUGCAGAAGGGUCUUGAUACCGACAUUAGGGGAGGAGCAGAGUGGGAAGAGAAAAAUAAGAGCAGGAGAUGAUGCUCCAGUGCUUGCUGUAAGUGCCUUGAGUGACCUUGUUACUUGCAUCACCAAUUUACUCAUUGUGGGAGCUGGAGGUCCUUCCUUUGCUUAUAAAGCCUGUGGAUUUGCUGAAGAACUUUUGAAAACUGAUGCCUCAGACAAGUUUUGGCAGAAAAGUCUGGUCUUGGCCCAAGAAGCAUACGAGUUCCUAGCAGUGUACGGGACCCCUGGUGAUGACCUUGAAGAGUUUGGAGGGGUCAGUCCAGAACAGCUGAUAAAUACUUGUUUGUCUUCAGUAUCAGAUUUCUGCAAACAACAAGAAAAAUUGCCUCAGGAUGGAGACCUUGCAAACAUGCUGGCCCUGGUAUUGACAUCUUUUGGUGAUUCUUCCAAUUCAUGUGUGAUGAAAUAUCUGGUAUCGUCUGUGAUAGACCAUCUCGGCUGGCAUAUUGAUAAGGUGAAAGGUGUGGACACUGAUGUGAACUCGGUCAAAGAAGUUGGUGGAUUUGUUGCCUUAACAGUUGGAGUGUGUCAGAGCCGAGCAAAACUUUCGGCAGCCUUUAUGACUUCCUUUAUGAAGCUGAACUCAUCUGUACAAGACAUAACAUCACUUCUGGCCUGUGCAUAUUUGCUCAAGAUCUUGAUAAGAGACAGUGGCAAGAUUUCCCCAUCGAGUCUCAAGCAAGCAGUGGCUGGAAUUGAUUCUGUGAUGUCUAGAAUUGUUUUCCCUACUUGCCUUGAGGAAGAAGAAGAUGGUGAUAAAAAGCCAUCCUAUGGACUGUAUGAGAGAUAUACAGCAGCUUCAAGGGACAUAAUCCAAGAUAUGAAGGAAAUGCUUGGAGUAAUAUAGAGUAAUAUAAGCCAGAUAGGCAAAUAUAGGAAACUUGUUUGAUAACAAAUAUUGUGUAUUUGUAGUCACUACAAAGGCUCAUGUUUUUGUAAUCUUUGUGACAGAUAAACUAGGUCUAAUAUUUUUUGCCUUUGAUCAAACAAAUUUAUCUAUUUUCAUUGUAUCAUCCAAAUAUCAUAUUUCUUGAUUCUAAGACUACAUUGUAUAGAUAUCUUUUCAAAAUGCAAUUUCAUUUUUUAUACCAUUGUUUAUACAUUAAAGACAUAAACUA